CUCCAUGAACUUUGAUAUUUACCACAAAGGGCCUCACUAAACUAGCUUCCCGUUAGUACACUGAAAUUCAAAGUCAUGCUCAUAACUGUUAACGAAAGCAGAUUCAAAGCAACACCACCAUCACUGGAGUAUUUUUAGUUUUAUGCGAACGGGACUACCAAGCAUGCUGCUCUUAUUCGGUAUAAUUCUAAUCUCAUGGGUAUCCACUGUUGGGGGAGAAGCAACACUUUGUGAUUUUCCAAAAAUAAACCAUGGAAUUCUGUAUGAUGAAGAAAAUUAUAAGCCAUUUUCCCAAGUUCCUAUAGGGGAAGUUUUCUAUUACUCCUGUGAAUAUAAUUUUAUGUCUCCUUCAAAAUCCUUCUGGACUCGCAUAACAUGCACAGAAGAAGGAUGGUCACCAACACCAAAGUGUCUCAGAAUAUGUUUUUUUCCUUUUGUGGAAAAUGGUCAUUCUGACUCUUCAGGACGGACACAUCUGGAAGGUGAUACUGUACAAAUUGUUUGCAACGCAGGAUACAGCCUUCAAAAUAAUAAGUACAACAUUUCAUGUGUAGAAGGUGGCUGGUCCUCUCCUCCCAAAUGCACCUCCACUAGUAAGCAAAAUUCUGCUCUCUCAGAUCAUGGUAUCUUUUGUUAAUUUUUAAAAGAAAUAAAUCUAUUGUUACAGGUUAAAUGUAGAUUUCAUCACUACUUCUAUCAUUAUUUGUUUGAUUUUCAGCUCCAAUUGUGUCUAAGUAGAUGUGCAAUAACAUAGUUUGCCUACCUAUGUAAAUCGAAUGUAUGUGAUAGGUAGAAAUAUUAUACAAGAAUACACUUUGAAGAAAAUCAGUUUUAAGCAAUAAUCUGUUUGGUAUUUAUAUUAUCAGGUUAGUUAACAAUAAAUGGUUACAAAACUGAGGUAAUAAGUGAAAAUAAGUCCAAUUCCAGUUAAAAUGUCUUAAAAGAGAGCUUUUACUAUUUAUCUUUCUUUAAAUUCAUAUGCUCGAGUCAAUAAAGCAUCAUCUUCUACGUUGUAAAA